AUGAUGAGGAUGGAGGAGUUGAGAUCGAUUUUAACAAGUUCCGUCGAAGCGGUACUCAACGACGCCGCCGCCUUUGCAGUCUUCACUCAAUGGAUGGCUCAGGUUUAUUUUUUUUUAUGUUUUGCAGCUAAGAAAGGUUCCUGAAAAUAACGAUAAUUAUGAAAAAGAACAAUUUCUGCUCAAAAAUUCGAACCUUGACGUGUUUCAGGACGAAAAACGGCACGUCGAAGCGGCGCAUCUGCACGCCGCCGUACAAGACUUCCGUCAGAAGUCGUCGGUCCACGUCGGGACCGGCGUCGUCAAACUCGCGCGCUCGAUUCACCGCAAGUUUGUGAGCCUUCAAACGGGAGCCUGCCGCGUCCUGCCGAACGAAGUCCGUCAGGAGAUGUCCCAGCGAGUCCAUGAAGUCAUCGAUGGUCGACCGCCUUAUUUGGAGCUGUUCGAUCCGCUGAUGAUCCCUUUGAUGAAGCAUUUCCGCUGUAUACACACACAGUUCGUCUGCUCCGAGGCGUUUUUCUCGGUGAGCUUUAAAAAGAACUUUCUCUUUUCUUUCAGCUUCGUCUUUUUUUGGUCUAUUUUCUAUUUAAAGUCAGUUAAUAAUUUAGAAAAUAUCAAUAGAAAUAAAUUUUCGGGUUUCGGGGCCUAGUUUUGACCCCCGCUUAUACGUACUAAAUUUCGAAUAAAAUCAGAAUUUAAAAAAAUUAAAAUUUUUAAACUUUUAGCACCUAAACCAAAGGACCAACGCCACGUCGACACCAAAACCGAAAACGCGCAAAAAUCAGAAGUUCGUGAAAAUAUUGAUUAUUAAUGGAAAACUCCAUCUUCUUCUCCAAAAAAAAAAAUAAAAAAUAAUAAUAAUUUACAGCGUUCGAGACCGCAGUUCAACUGAAGCUACAAAACGAAGCGCCGUUUCUGUUGAUGUUUUCUCGGUAUUCCCAACGAUUCAUUCAGUUGAAAGAACAAAACGACUGAAAAAUAGCUAAUUUCUUUCUACUCUAAUCCAAAAAUUUCCAAAAACAAAGGGACGUUCAUCACUUUUCUCUCUUGAUCUUUUGAUAGAUUUAUAAUUUUUGGUUCAAAAAUGAGAACCAAAUUUGAUUUCUUCACGUCAAUUUUUCACUUGAACAACUUUUUUAAAUACUUAUCAAAACGAAAAGAAAAUCAAAAAUAUCAUUAUUCUAGUGAUAAAAAAAUUACCAUGCUCUUUUCAGACAAGCGAUGGCGGAAUAAGACAUGAAACCGAAGAAGCGCGAAAAGCUUUCGUCGAUGUUUUAUGCAAUAAAUUGGCCGAUAUUAAUCCGAGGCUUACAGGGUGACUUUUUUUUCAUAUAAAUCGUCAUAAUUUAUUAAAUGAUAGAUGAAACUCUGAGAAAUUCUUUGAGUGGCUGCCAGUAGAAUAUCAAGCUUUUCACGACGAAAAGUCUUUUUUUUGCUUAUUUUUUUCACUCAGAGUUCAACAGACGCUAUGAUUUAACAAAUAAAAAAAUAGGAGACCCUAACAUAAACCCCUAUUAAACUUUUUGUCACAUUCUACACUUUCAGACUUGAAUCAGAAAUGGAAGAAGAAGAAGACGAAAUGAAAAAAACUGAAAGCAGUGACGACGACGUUGACAAUUACGUGGACAAAAUAAUGUUUGAAGAGUCUUCUUCUCGUCAGUUUAUUUUCAUUAUUCAACUUUUUUGACUUCCUGAAAAGUUUUUUUUCUCUGUCAAUUCGCCUUCUAGAAACUUUCAGGCACUUAAAAAUUCCUUUUAAAAUGUUCCAGGUAGUUGAUUGAUUAAUUUUAAAGGAAUGCACCACGAAAUCGACGAAGAAUGUACCGUAAACAGUCCCUACGGUAUUGACGCGUUUGCCCCGCCUCCAGCCAACAAACAUCGGUUUGUGAAUUUUUUUUUCCCUUUAAAUGUUUGAUAGUUGCAAAUGAUUGCUUUUUUCAGCUACAACUUUGAAUCGGCACCUGUCCCGUCGCAAUAUGGAACUACUCACAGGUUUUUUUUAACCCUUUUCAAAUCCCUUUUUUUUCGAACCCUUUCUUAAAAAGUUGAACAAUUUUCACGCAUUCUCUGAGAGAACCGAUAACUCUCACUAAUAAAAAGCACAAUUAGAAAAACAUUUUUUUCGCUUUGAAUUAUGAUAACAGCUUUCUAGACUGCGUCGUUUUUUUUUCCGUUCUGUUUGCAAAUAUCUCCGUUUUCUAAUCCUUCUUUCGGGUGAUACUCAAAAGGGGUAAUUUUCUCAUGAUAUAUUUGAUAGAUGAAGUAUUUCUGGCCUGGUCCGGGAAAAUCUCAUCAAGUUGACCUCUGAAAGUGAAAAAAACUUCUAUGCUACAUUUGUAACACGAUAACUAUGCUUUUCGGAUGACGCUUUCGUUAAUUUCGUCACUAUUGUUACUAAAUCCUCUAGCGAGAUCUUCAUAAUGACCGAAAAAAUUUUUUUUUUUUGAAUUUUGACCUGAUCCAAGUUCAUCAAAUGGAUAUCAUAUAUUCUUCAUAUAGAUUAAUUAUAAACCUCCCAGAAAGGGCUCUUUUUCGAAUUACCGCCCGAAAACUGAAAAAAUACUUUAUCUAGGGGAUAAUCGAUCUUUUCUCCAGGAAUAAGUGGUUAAGAAAAAGUUAGCAUUGAAAAAUUACUGGAAAGAACGUUUUCUUGAAUUUUAAGACCUAGUCUCAAAAAAGGUCUUACUGCAACAGUAUUAGAAGCACUCGUACGAUCUUGGAUCAUUAUUUGAGACCGAAGAGAUUUGCUUCAGAUUCACCGAGUUUCUCAGAUAAAGCGUGUUCAAUUGUUAGAGAACUUCUGAUGAUGAAGGAGAAAUUUUAUUUCUAGAGAUAAAUCUCACCGAGGAAUGGCAUCGGACUCGAGCGGAUUUUGCAGUGGCGCUAGCGAUUUCAUGGCCUUCGACCAUUCGAUCUCUUCCUCUAGUUCGUUCUUUUUGUUACCUGAAAAUUUCGAAAACUUGUUAUGAAAAUUUUAAAUCAAAAAAAAAAAAUGAUUUCAAAAAAUCGGAUUAAGUAAUUACUAUCGGAAAUUUUUGUUUACCGGUGUUCUUGGUGUAUAAACCUUUGUUAUUUAGGAUACGGUGGCUGCUCAUCAAACAACACGUUGGCACGUUCGAAUCACAGAAAUAUUCAUCUUCAACCCAACGGCUUCUCCACGCUUCCGAAGUUUGUCUUUUUCAUCCUGUUUGCUGAAACUAUUCCAAAAAUGACAAAUUUUGAGGAAAUUAUUUGUGAGAGCGGAAAUCGGAGAAUCUCACAGAUUUCAGAAAUUUUAAAACAAAAUGUUUAUUUCACUUGAAAUUUUGGAAUUGCACAUAGAUCGGGUUUCAAGAUUACUAACCACUCUUGCAAAAUUUUGAUCAAAACGCACGGCGUUUUUUUUAGUACAGAAGGUUCCGUGAAAUAUGGUGUUUAGGUUGUAAGCACACAGAGACGCCCUAUCGCAUACUCCAAAAUUUUUUUCGAUUCCAAAACUUAGAAUUUCAAGAUAAUAGCUUCUAAAACACACACGAAAUCAUCUCCAUUUUGAAAAUAUGAUCUUGAAAAAACAUUUCAACACGCUAAAAAUAUAUAGCAGUGUAAAAGGGAAAACUAAAAAUGCUUACUUCAAAAGAAAAACAAAAAAGGUUGUUCUGAUAGGUUUCCUCGCGUCAGAAAAUCGAUAAAAUCAUGAAAAAUUUCAGAAAGAGCAGGAUUUUGAGAGAGAUGUUUAAUGGCGUGUUCAUCAGAAAAAACGGAACAUGCUUCGAAACGAAAAAUCGUUCAUCGGCGCGCCAAAGUUGCUCCAAAACAGUAGUAAUUUUUGUUUUGGAGCAAUUUUCUUGCGUUUCGAAGCAAUUUUCGUUUUGUCCGAUGAAGACGCCACAAUAUAGUUCGAAAAACUGUCAAAAAACACGGCGUUUCCAGAACUAUGUCUGCCCGUAAGAUAUGAUGUUUUUUGUGCAUGCACCCCCGACAAAAUUUAACAUACUUCCGAAAUUUUCAAAAAUAUUUCUGCAGGCAAAAAAUGGAAUUAGGAUAAAAUGGUUGAACAGUUUUUGAUUGAAUUAUCUUCAAUAUCAAAACGGGAAAUACUCAAAAAAUCAACUUUUUAUUGAAUUAAGUUUCAAAUAACGUUAAUAAAUUUUAUAUAAAAAACCUAACUGCGUGGAAACGCCGUGGUAAUUUAGAUUACAUAAAAUAAAACUUUUAACCGCCAUUUCCGAUCCAAUUUGACUCCAAUUAAACGAAACAGGUUUUACUCUACGUGAAAGUAACUGAAUAAAAACAAUAAUCUUACAAAAAAAGUCAAGCAAGAGAAUUAAUAAUUAAAAAAAAGCUAAACAAAAUCAUAUUUUUUUGAAUCUAUUUUUUUGAAUCCGGUUUGUGAGUCUGUCAUCAGGGAACGGCUCCUGCACAGACCAAAACUACAGUAAUCGUACGAUUUACGGCGCCCCCUGGUCUUUUUUUCUGUAUUUCACUGCCAAGAAAAGUAACGGCAAAAUCAAUAAUAUUUCUAGUUUAGAAUUUUGAAAAAUCGCAAAAAAAUUGCCGAAAAAGUCGGUUGCCGCAGACCCCUGACCUAAAUUCUCUUUUUCUUAUUGCGACAAUUCCAGCCGCCGCCGCGAGACCCCUUCAGUGGUGUCUCAGGGUUCGGAGACCUUGACGGUGGAGGUUCGGGACGAAGAAGGCGUUCCGAUGGUCGCCAAGUUGCCGGCGUCUCAGCGACAUCUCACCUUCCGCUCUUUCCGUCGGCUUUUCGGCAUCGCCGACCCUGACCAAAUGCGGUCAGAAUACCUAGAGCUUGAUCAAUAUUCAAAGUGAAAAAGACUCACAACUUUGAAAAGCCGAUGUAGUUUCAUAAAAACUGAACAAUUUUACAGAUUUCGUAGAUAUUUUUCCAAAGCAUGGCUAUGAAAGUAUUUAAGAAAAAAAUCGCGAUAACUGUUGAAUAUUUGAAGCUUUUCAGGUUUUUCUUCAAAAGCGUGUGUGAAGACGGAACUGCCGCCUAUCAAUGGACUCUAGUUUGGGACGAUGACGUCAUCCUACCCGUUUUCCAAGGGAAAAUCAGUGGCAUUUGUAAAACGUGCCCCGUAGAGAACUAA